GGGUCUGCCGGCCGCGCCUGCUCCAACUGAUAAGUAAUGUGUCGGGACCGCGCGGUCCGCGCGGUGCGCGCAAAGGCCCACCCAGCUCAGACAUCGCUCUAGGUAGCCUGGUUCAUGAUUCGACACCCCGAGCAAUCGAUAAUUCUGAUCCGAUGGCGGCCGGCUCCCUAAACCCAUCCUCUGCGGCUGCCGCCGACUAUCGCGAGCACGCCAAAACGUAAAACCCAGCGACCCAGCCAUUCAGGAGUAGCAGUCCUCGUUGCCUGUGACCCAAUUUCCAUCACUCGCAACCUCUGCCCACCAUGAAGGUCCUCCUAGUACAGUGCUACACAACCGAUAAGCCAUGGGGCGACAUGAUGGUGCAGAGCUUCGCCGAUAACAUCCAGCGAACCAUGCCAUCUGCCCAGAUGGACAUAGUCAAGGCCGAGGCCGGCGAGGUGCUGCCCGACCCUUCACCGUACGACCUAGUAAUCAUGAGUGGCGGCACGUUCAAUCUUGUCGACGACAAGCCUCUACCCUGGGUCGAAUCAGCCAUCGAUUAUGUCCGGGCAAUAGCCAAAAAGGACGUUGGGCCCAAGCUGCUGGGCCUCUGCUGGGGCCACCAGGUAUCACAGAUGGCACUUGGAGCAACGUGGAGGAGGUCUGACAUUCGACCGCAGAUCGGCGUGGAGAAGGUGGUCCUAUUGCCAGAAGGCAAGAGUUUCUUUGCUGGCCAUGAUGAACUGAACCUUCACAAGUUCCACAGACGUGCGGUCGAGACGUGCAGGCCCGACUUUACGCCCCUGGCCAAAGACCACGAGAUUCUCAUGGCCACCAACGGCCGCAUCCUCAGCUUCCAGGGCCACCCGGAGCUGCAUUUUGCCAUGGCGCAGGACUUGGUUCAGAACGCGCCGACUUACAAGGACCUGGAAACUGGCUUUGCCAUUGACCCCAUCGACGCGAAGCACGACGGGGAAGCUGUGUGGGGCCGUAUCAUGGAAUGGGUGGGUAAGCCUUGA